AUGUCUUCGGCAGCCGUCCAGCACUCGAACCCGCCGCUUCAUUCGUCGUCAAAGUACCAGUGUUACUCGCAGCCCCAACAGGGCUCGCCCUCGUCCCAGCGGAGACCGUCGAGGAGCGGAAAUGAGCAGCUCACACCGCAACAACUCAUAGUCGACCGCGAAGAUCCCACCGCCCGCCGCCGCGCCCCGGAGCCCCAGCCCGCCCCGAACCACAGCAGAUCCGCCACCGCCGUCGGCGUUCCACCCAUGGGGUCCAACCUGCCCAGGGAAGACAGCACCGUCAUCAACCGCCUCGUCGUCGCAGACCCCCAGGAAGCCAUGGCCCGCGAGCAGGCCCGCAUGGCCGAGGCGCGCCCUGCCCCCACCGGCACCGAUGUCACCCCGAUAACUGGCCUGGGUCUGGUUGGAAGCGAGGGCGUCAACGAUGGCGGACGCGGAGCCGGAAAGAGCAGGCAGGACCACUCGCAGAGCAAGCCCCGGAGAGAGACCAAGUUCGGAGAGUACAUUCUAGGCCAGACGCUGGGCGAGGGCGAGUUUGGCAAGGUCAAAAUGGGCUGGAAGAAGGAAGGCGGUGUUCAGGUCGCCAUCAAGCUCAUCCGGAGAGAGGUCCUAGGCUCCAACCCCAGCCGCUUGCCCAAAAUCUACCGAGAGAUAUCGAUUCUGCGCGGCCUGCAACACCCCAACAUUGUGCGCCUGCACGAAAUGGUCGAGACCGAGCGGCAUAUCGGCAUCAUCUUGGAAUACGCGUCGGGCGGAGAGCUGUUCGACUACAUUCUAAACCACCGGUACCUCAAGGACCAGUCGGCGCGCCGGCUGUUUGCCCAAUUGGUUUCGGGCGUUGGAUAUUUGCACAAAAAGGGCAUUGUGCAUCGUGAUCUCAAGCUUGAGAACCUCCUGCUGGAUCGCAACAAGAACAUCAUCAUCACCGACUUUGGCUUUGCCAACACUUUUGACCCUCACGACGAGCUUGGAGACGAGAUCGAGUAUAACCUUGGAAAUAAGGACUAUGUGAAGAAGAUGGGCCUGGAAACGCUCCGCGACGACGGACACCGCCGCGGAGAUCUCAUGCAGACGAGCUGCGGUAGUCCGUGUUACGCGGCGCCGGAGCUAGUGGUUAGUGACUCGUUGUACACCGGAAGAAAGGUGGACGUGUGGAGUUGCGGUGUCAUUUUGUAUGCUAUGCUCGCAGGCUACCUUCCGUUCGACGACGACCCCGCCAACCCCGAGGGUGACAACAUUAAUUUGCUUUAUAAGUAUAUUGUAUCGACGCCGCUGACCUUCCCCGAAUAUGUCACCCCGCACGCGCGCGACCUCCUGAAGCGCAUCCUCGUCCCUGACCCACGCAAGCGCGCGGACCUGUUUGAGGUCGCGAGACACAGUUGGUUGAGCGAAUAUGCGCACGUCGUUGGCUUCAUUACGAGCAGCACCACUACGUCUAGCGAUAUUGCCAACACCACUGUCCCUGCAGAGGAUCCCUACGAAGUCCCUCAACUCGCCCGCAGCGCGUCCGUCCGGGAGCCCAGCAAGCCGCAUUCCGUCGUUGCGCCCGUCGGAGGCCUCACCCAGAAGCAUGGCGGCAUCGACCAGGCCGAGCAGGCAGAAAAGCGCGGCCAACGCGAUGCCAAGCGCAGGACCGUCCAGGUGGAAUACGUGGCGCCGCAUACACAGACACAGAGAGGAGAAUCGCCGUCGUCAGGGCCGUCGGCGUCUUCGGGCGCACGUGCGCGCCAGGAGGGCCCUGUGGAGGUUGUUCCGGAUUCGUACAGUUCGUCCAGGAGUCAGCGUCCUUCAACUGGCCAGACGGGACCGCCGUUGACCCGUCCGGGCAGAGAUGCCCAGCGCUCGGCAUCAGACAUGCCAUUCAGCAGCACCCCCAUUACCCCCUCGGCAAGGCCCUCUACGGGUGGCACCAUGGGUUCCCGGCUGCCGUCGCGUGGAAAUUCGUAUGGUCAACCUGCGGCCGCUACGGUUGCAGCUACCAACGUGCAGGGCCGCUUCUCGCAACCCAAGGGCAAGCAGUACGUCAUUUCGGCGCCGAUGCCCCAGGAGCAGGUGCAACCAGAGUCCAUCGGAAGGCCCAGCACGCAGAGACUACCAUCCAGCUACCAGCAGACGGCGCCGGUGGAUGGACAACCAAGCCAUCCCCAGCGUCCGGGUGCUCACAAGCGGUCCAACACGGUUGGAAGCAUAUUCAGAGCCGGGUCGCUGUUCGGUGGAAAGUCACACGACGGCCAGAAGCAAAAGUCAUAUCCUCCGGUCAGUAUGUCCGGAUCCAUUCCCAAUGAAGGAGACCACAGGCGGUCUACGGAAUCUUCACGCCGCCCUUCGUUUAGCUUCAGUCGGAAGAACAGCGAGGCACCUUCUCGGAGCGAGAACAGGCAAUCGCGCCGCUUCUCGUUGCUUCCGGCAUCAUUUUCGAUGAGGAGCUUCGGCGGCAGCCAACGGGAACCGCCGCCAGGCUCAUCGCACUCGAACGAGAACCGUCGCUCGGGUACGCAGCAGAGCCAGCGCCGCGGCAACGUUCCUCGGGCGCAGAUGGCGUUUGGACGGGGAGAGAGCCCGUCACCCAGCCAGAGCACGACAGCCAGUACGCUGCCCAUCAGCGGAAACGGCGACCUGGACCGGCGCCGCACAGCAGACACGGCGCCGCGCGGCAGCAACCGAGUGCCAUCGUCGGCUCCGCCGCAACAAACACACUUCCCGACGUCGGCGCCGCAGUACGGCCACUACGACGAGGGGACAGGGCAGUACUACGGCGACGCAAUCGGCGGCCCCAACCCCAACGCGUUCUACGGCGGCGGCGGGGCCAGCGGGUCGGAUGUGUCGUCGCAAAAUGGUGGCGGGGGGACGCUGGGCCAGCAGCAGCAGCUGGCGUACAGGCAACAGCAGCAGUUACAGCAGCAGCAGUACGCGCAGCAGGGCUUCGACAGCAGUACCGAGCAGGUGUCGGAGCCGAGCGGUGGGACCGGGACCGGAAAGCGCACGAUGCUGCAGAAGAAUCGGCGGUUUGCGGACGCGUACGAGGAUCAGCGGCAUGCGGGGUCGUCGGGGGCGGCGAAGAGGGCGAUGGAUUGGUUUAGGAGAAGGGGGAAGGCGAGGGCCGGUGAGGGCCGGUGA